AUGCAGAUCAGGCCAAAAACCCAGGCCACUGUUAUGUUGCCAGUGUUCACCACACCACUCUUUUUUAAUACUCUGUAGGACCCUUUCUCUGAAGGAGAAGAUUUUGUUCGUGGCUACCCAUUCAGUCUUCGGAGUGGGGUAAAAUGUGCUUUGUCAUGUGGGCUAUGGCUUACUUUGGCUGAUCAUGAUGCACCUACUCAAGCCCUCAAGCCAGGACAAAGGAACUCCCGAUAUGUUGAUGCAGUUAUGACUGUCCCAACAGGGGCACUGGUGCCCGUUAGUGGAAUCAACAUUGCCUUUGAUAGGGAAGUGGUUGGACCUGCCUUGCUACCGGCUUUGAGGUUGGCUGGGGAAGGUAAUCUUAGGUGGGAAACAAUGGAUGACAUCCGGAGUGGGAUGUGUGUUAAGGUUGUAUGCAAUCACCUGUGGCUUGGUGUGAAAAGUGGACUGCCUUAUGUGUGGAGAAAUGAUGGAGGUGAUGCUAUAGCAAGCUUGAAAAAAGAGUGGGAGGGUGUGAAGUUGAUGGAGGAAGUUGUCCCUUUCUUUCAGUUGGUGAGGUUGCCACGGGAAGCUACAACAGCGGAGGACUGUACAGUUGAGGUGGCAAAUGCCGUUAAAGAGCAGCUAUUACUCUCAUUGUUGUUGCAGAGAGGGUUAUGCUGAAUCUCAUUUUUAGUUCAUUGCUACAGAGAUGCCAUGUGAUUGUGUUGUCCAUACAAGCUCAAACUACUCUUAUAUUUCAGGUUAUCUUCACUUUGCUAAUUGAUGAAACUCCUGGAUGGAGAAUUUGGG